GGUCCAAAAAGUUCUUUAUGCAAAGGUUUCUUCUUUCUUUAUAAGAUAAACAAAAGUUGAAGAAACCAAAAAACAAAAAACUUCUUGUUGAGAAAGUUUUCUUUGAGAUGAGAGCAGAUUUGAUUACUAUACAGCAAACGCUGACGCCGGAAGCAGCGACGGUUCUUAACCAGUCGAUUGCGGAAGCGACACGUCGUAACCAUGGCCACACGACACCGUUACACGUGGCAGCUACUCUCUUAUCUUCUUCCUCUGGUUAUCUCCGACAAGCUUGUAUCAAAUCUCACCCUAACUCUUCUCACCCACUCCAGUGUCGAGCUCUUGAGCUCUGUUUCAGCGUCGCCCUCGAACGUCUCCCUACAACUACUAUAACAACCACUACUUCGUCGUCUUCUUCUUCUUCUCCGUCGCAAACGCAAGAACCGCUUCUUUCAAACGCUUUAACCGCAGCUUUAAAACGCGCUCAAGCUCAUCAACGACGUGGUUGUCCUGAGCAACAGCAACAACCGCUUUUGGCCGUGAAAGUUGAGCUUGAACAGCUUAUUAUAUCGAUUCUUGAUGACCCGAGUGUGAGUCGGGUCAUGCGUGAAGCUAGCUUCUCUAGUCCCGCCGUGAAAUCAGCGAUCGAACAGUCGUUGAUUGGUAACUCUGUUUCUAGUUCGAGACAAACCGGGUCACCCGGAAUUAUUAACCCGUCUGCAAUUGGGUUUGGUUAUCGAUCCGUACCGGCUCCGGUUAACCGGAAUCUUUAUCUUAAUCCCCGGUUACAACAACACGGCGUUGGGAUGCAAAGUGGGAUGAUGAUACAGAGGACAGAUGAAGCGAAACGGGUCAUCGAGAUUAUGAUCCGAACCCGGAAACGUAACCCGGUUCUCGUCGGCGAUUCAGAGCCUCAAAUUCUGGUGAAAGAGAUUCUAGAGAAGAUCGAGAACGGCGAAUUUUCCGACGGUCCGCUUCGUAAUUUCCAGGUGAUUCGUUUAGAGAAAGAAUUAGUUUCACAAUUGGCGACGAGGUUUGGUGAAAUCUCCGGUUUGGUGGAGACUCGGAUCGGUGGUGGAGGUGUUGUUCUUGAUCUCGGCGAUUUGAAAUGGUUAGUGGAACAUCCGGCGGCGAAUGGCGGAGCUGUGGCGGAGAUGAGGAAGCUUCUGGAGAGAUUCAAAGGAAGGUUAUGUUUCAUUGGUACGGCUACUUGUGAGACUUAUCUUCGAUGUCAAGUUUAUUAUCCAUCAAUGGAGAAUGAUUGGGAUCUUCAAGCUAUUCCGAUCGCCGCCAAAUCGUCUCUUCCGGCGAUAUUCCCAAGACUUGGGAGCAAUAACAACAACAAUAACAACAACAACGCUAUGUUAUUAAGCAACAACAUCAUUUCAAUUGAAUCGAUAUCUCCGACGAAAAGCUUUCAGAUUCCGACGGGUAAAAUGAGCUGUUGCUCUCGGUGUUUGCAGAGUUAUGAAAACGACGUAGCUAAGGUGGAAAAAGAUUUAACCGGAGAUAACCGGUCGGUUUUGCCACAGUGGUUGCAGAACGCUAAAGCUAACCAUGAUGGUGACAAGAAACUGACUAAAGAUCAACAGAUUGUGGAGUUGCAGAAGAAAUGGAACGAAUUAUGUUUGCGUUUACAUCCGAAUCAGUCUGUGUCUGAAAGAAUGGCUCCUACGUUGUCUAUGAUAAAAUUAAACACAAGAUCGGAUAUAACUCCACCGGGGAGUCCGGUUGGGACAGAUUUGGUUCUUGGACGGCCCAACAGAGGUUUAUCCUCACCUGAGAAGAAGACCCGAGAAGCGCGUUUUGGAAAGCUAGGAGAUUCAUUCGAUAUCGAUUUAUUCAAGAAGCUACUAAAAGGCUUAGCGAAAAGCGUUUGGUGGCAGCACGAUGCAGCGUCUUCGGUAGCAGCAGCGAUUACAGAAUGCAAACACGGUAAUGGGAAAUCGAAGGGCGAUAUAUGGUUGAUGUUCACAGGUCCAGACAGAGCCGGGAAGAGCAGAAUGGCAUCUGCGUUAUCGGAUCUUGUAUCGGGAAGCCAACCGAUAACCAUCAGCCUCGGUUCUGGUUCUAGGACAGAUGAUGGUUUAAACAUCCGUGGUAAAACAGCGUUGGACAGAUUCGCAGAGGUGGUUAGGAGAAAUCCUUUUGCAGUUAUUGUUUUGGAAGACAUUGAUGAAGCAGAUAUAUUGCUACGUAACAACGUGAAGCUAGCGAUGGAACGAGGGAGAAUCUGUGAUUCGUAUGGGCGCGAGGUUAGUCUAGGGAACGUCAUUAUAAUCCUUACCGUAAAUUCAUCGCUCGGUUCAGCGGAAAAUGUUGCUUCUAUCGAUGAAACAAGACUAGAGUCUCUGGUGAACAAAAGAUGGCAGUUAAGGCUCUCUAUUUUCAACAGCAGCAAAACCCGAAAACGAAAACCGAAUUGGCUUUAUAGCGACAAUGACCAAACAAAACCGAGGAAAGAGAUCUGUUUCGACUUGAACGAAGCAGCCGAAUUCGAUUCAUCGAGCGAUGUAACAGUGGAGCACGAUCAAGAAGAUAAUGGCAACCUCGUUCACAAGCUAGUCGCUUUAGUAGACGAUGCUAUACUCUUUAGACCGGUUGAUUUUGAUUCGAUCAAGAGCAAAACCGCGGAAUCUAUAAAGAAACGUUUCUCUAACGGUCUCGCGGAUGGAUUAACGGUGGAGAUUGAAGACGAUGCUUUGGAGAGAAUAGCCGGUGCGAUUUGGCUAAGUAAGAUUAGCUUAGAGGAAUGGAUUGAAGAAGCAAUGGGUUCGAGCUUGAAUAGCGUGAAAUCUCAAGCUUCUUCUUCAGAAGAUUCUGUGAUUAGGAUUGAGCUUGAAGAUGAUUUAAAUGAUCGAAUCUCCGGAGGGUAUCUUCCGAGUAGUAUCAGGACGGUGGUCGUUUGAGUUUUUCUUCUUUCUUUCUUUUUUUCCCUGUGAGGGGUAGAUUCGUAAUUAUG